GCAGUAAAAUGGAGAGUUUUGAUGACCUACUAUCUGAUGCCCCAUCAUUGUGUUUAGAUUCGUUUAAACAUGAUGAGGAUUCCAUCGAACCUUUAAAUCCACAUGUUUCUAGCUGUGUACGGAAGAUUGAAUGUACAUGGGAUGAUGAAAAAAGUUUGCGAGGUGACGGAGUGCAAAACCUUCCAAUUACAUAUCUUCAGAAACAAACAGUUGAUCGUAUUAUUGCAACCCCUGAGGUUAAAAAGAUGAUGAGAGAGAUGGUUGAGACAAGGAUGUACGGAUUAACUGAUGAUGUUGAAGCAGUCAUCAGAGAGUACCUCCAGAAAAAUAUGAAAUUGCAGGAGGAAAAGGAAGCAGAGAAAAGGAAAAGGGUGACACUGGAGAUGGAAAAAGAAGCAGAGAAAAGGGAAAAGGAAGCAGAGAAAAGAAAAAGGGUGAGACUGGAGAUGGAAAAAGAAGCAGAGAAAAGGGAAAAGGAAGCAGAGAAAAGAAAAAGGGUGAGACUGGAGAUGGAAAAAGAAGCAGAGAAAAGGGAAAAGGAAGCAGAGAAAAGAAAAAGGGUGAGACUGGAGAUGGAAAAAGAAGCAGAGAAAAGGGAAAAGGAAGCAGAGAAAAGAAAAAGGGUGAGACUGGAGAUGGAAAAAGAAGCAGAGAAAAGGGAAAAGGAAGCAGAGAAAAGAAAAAGGGUGAGACUGGAGAUGGAAAAAGAAGCAGAGAAAAGGGAAAAGGAAGCAGAGAAAUGGAAACGGGUGAGACUGGAAGUGGAUAUGAAGGAAAAGAAUACAAGAAUAAGUGUUCUUGAACGAAAGCUACAGGAAAAGGAAGAAAACAAGUUCAGAUCAAAUUGA